AUGCCGAGCCUCGGGCUCCUAGGCAUCACAAUGGAGGAUGAAUACUUCUUUCAACUUGCGACUGAUGGAAUGUCCGUCGCCAUCGAUUUAAAUUCAAGAAUCAUCGAAGUCGCUGGCAAGACGUUCGGAUUCAAGCUCAGUCAAAUGGAAAGCGAGAUCUUCCAAUUUGGUGGGAUUGCUUCGGCUUUUGGACUCUUCGGAAGCAAGCUGCUUGAGGCAAUAACCCCAGCCAAAUUUCCCUCAGAGCCUAAGAAGAAGACAGUAGAACAGCCGGAUAAACGAUUACAAUGGUAA